AUGGUCGGGAAGAGAGGGGCCUCACGUGGUGGAGGGAAAGGGAGAGGGAAAGGGAGAGGAAAAGCCAGUGCAGUCCCGGAUGUCUAUCAGGACAUGUUAUCAGAGGCUCUCUCAGCUCAAACUGAAAUCCCAGAACGGCCUCUGAAGAGGCGGAGGACCGGCCGGCGCGAGAGCCAGGUGGCACCUAUCAGCUCGGAUAAAAUUCCCGACCCGCACGAGGACGAAGAGGAAAUGCAAUUUGAAGAUGUGCUCGAGCAUCCAGACGGAUCCGAUGGGGAAGCAGAGGUACCUAUCAAACUUCUACAGACCGCCUACAGAGAUUGUGACGAGGGAUCCGAAGAGAGUGAUGAUGAUUGGGUAGGCUUCAACUUGGACGACAAGCCAGGGCUCGAUGAACCUAGCGGAGACCUCGAGUUGACUAUUGCGAAGAAGCCGGCCACCCAGGAGAAAUCAGCUGUAUUUAGAAGGAGGUCGCUCACGAAAUUUGACAAAGCUGAUAGAUUGGAGAAGCAUAAGAUGCAUGUGUUGUGUCUUUUGUCGCAUGUUCACCUCAGAAACGAGUGGUGUAAUGACGCGGAGGCUCAGAGAACUCUCAGACAGCUUUUGGACAAGAAGAUUUUGACGUUCCUGAAACCAAAGUCUGAUUUGUCGCAGUUUGGACGGGCAGACUCGUUAAAAAGGGGGCUGGACCAGGUGGCGAUCAUGUGGAGGACCAAAUGGAGCAUCACCAAGAGAGGGCUGAGAAGAGCCUUGUGGGCAGACAACGAGGAGUAUCUUCAAAAUUUCAAACCAGACGAAGCUGAUUUGUUUGACAAAGCUGGGUUUCGUGAAGCGGCUAAGACGCUGAAAGGCUCAAGGGAUCUCGGAGCCCAACUUUUCUGUGCCCUCCUUCGCAGUGCCGGGGUAGAGACUCGUCUCGUGUGCUCGCUUCAGCCAUUGUCCUUCAACGCUGGCGGGCCAGCAAUGGCUCCAUACACUGCUCCACAAAAGACAGCAGCAGAAAGUAGCAGCGCCGAGACGCCAGUCGUUACCAUGAGUGCCAAUUUUCAGUUUGGCAGCCCAAAUGCAGCUUACUCUUCUGCUCCCCGCCGCCGCCUCGGCCAUCCCAACGCUGCCGCCUACCACAUACCCGAAAUAAUCAACCCCGCUCGACCGCCAAAGCCGAAAGCGAAACCAAUAGUCGAAUCCGAAUAUCCCGUCUUCUGGGUCGAAGUCUUCGAUGAAGCUCACCAGAAAUGGUUUCCCGUGGACCCGCUAGUUACAGAUUCCAUCUCCAAGCCUCGAGCCUUCGAGCCCCCAGCGUCUGAUCGCGAAAACAACAUGUCGUACGUCAUUGCAUUCGAAGAGGACCAUGUUGCUCGUGACGUUACAAGGAGGUACGCAAAAGCUUACAAUGCCAAAACGAGGAGGAACCGAGUUGAGUCCACACCCAAAGGCGACAGGUGGUGGCACCGUGCGAUGCAGCCUUUCGCGCGCGGCUGGAUAAGCGACGCAGAUCAAAUUGAAGACACCGAGUUAGCAGCGGCGGAAUCGAAAGAGCCCAUGCCGAAGAACAUCGCAGACUUCAAGGAUCACCCUUACUACGCACUAGAACGGCACUUGAAGAGAAACGAGAUACUGACCAGUACUCGCGAAUGUGGAAAGGUGCAUACAGGAAGAGACAGCAGUGUCCCUGGAGGUAAGAAACUCGAGCCCAUCUACAGGAGAAAGGAUGUCAAGAUUGCAAAGAGCUCGGACGCGUGGUAUCGACUCGGUAGAGAGAUCAAGAUGGGGGAACAGCCUAUGAAGACGGUGCCUGCGAAACGGCGACCCGAUGAUCGAGAUGACAUGGGCGAUGAGAUCGAGGAGCGGCCAGGCAUAAAUCUGUAUACCGAAGACCAGACUGAGCCGUACGUGCCGCCGCCGAUCGUCAACGGGAUGGUGCCGAAGAACUCGUUCGGCAACCUGGACGUCUUUGUGCCAAGCAUGGUUCCGGACGGUGGAGUCCACAUCGCAGGCACGUUUUUCCUUCGUCUCUUCCCUUCCCUUCCCUUUCCCUCUCAUAUCGUUUCCUCACACUACCCGGAAACCGCCCGCGCAGCCCGCCUCCUCGGGAUCGACUACUCCGACGCCCUCAUCGGCUUCGAGUUCCGCGGACGCCACGGCACCGGCGUCCUCCGCGGCGCCGUCGUCGCUAGCGAGUACCAGGAAGCCGUCGAGGCCGUCAUUGCCGCGUACCGGGACGAGAGGGUGCAGGCUGAGGAGACGAUGCGCACGAAUGCGGCGCUGCGGAUGUGGAAGCGGAUGCUGCUCGCGCUGAGGAUCAAGGAGAGGAUAGACGCUUACGCUGGGGAUGACGAGGAGCUGCCCUUGGCUGAUGUACAGCGGGGUAUGGAUGAGGAUGAGGUCGGCGAUGGUGGUGAGGGGAAGAGCGAGAGCGACAGCGACAGCGAUGAGUAUGUUGAUGAUGGUGGGGGAGGGUUCUUCCUUGAGUAA